AUGGGGAUCCUGAACCUUCCUCAGUUUCGUUACCACGGACCGUGGGUUCAGAUGCUAAUCGCCGGUCUUGGUGUUGGUUCCUCUGCCGGCAUCUACGUUGCGCUUAAUCUUCUAGGAGCUGGUGGUGGGAAGCCGGAUUCAGCGCAGGUAGUCCAGGUUGUCAAUGCGACGCUAUGCGCAGUAUGGUUCUUCUCUUCGUCCUUUGGUGGCUCUAUCUUGAACAAGCUUGGACCUGGUCUUACCAUGUGCAUUGGCGUUCAAACGUACGCUGUGUACGUGGGAUCUCUCUGGUACUACGAUGAGACAGGCAAGAGUGCUUACCCAUACGCCGCCGGUCCUAUCAUCGGUAUUGGUGCAGGAAUGGUCUUUAUCACUGCAGGCUACGUUGCAACUGGCUACCCCGAAGAAAGAGAAAAAGGAUCCUAUGCGACGAUACUUAUGAACAUGCAAGCGCUCGGUUCAGUCAUUAGUGGCAUCAUCCCAGUCAUCAUAAACAGGAACUCGGAUACUGUUGCUGGUGUACCUCGAUCAGUGUACAUUGCUUUCAUAGUCAUCAUGGUCAUUGGUGGCCUACUGUGUCUAACUUUGCUUCGACCACACAAGCUCACGAGAGACGAUGGUUCUGUUGUCGCCGUUGAUCGACCAAGAGGAGUUUGGGAGGAGCUCAGAACGAAUCUGUUAGUCUUCACGGACCCCAUACUCCUUAUGAUGCUACCGGCAUUUCUACCAGCUGAAGGGUUUUUGGUAUACAGCGGAUCAGUAAAUGCUUUCAAUAACAAUCUCCGCACACGCUCACUGCUUUCUUUCAUCGCUGUUGUCAUACAGAUACCAGCAGGGUGGGCGUUGCAAUACGUCCUCGAUUAUCCGGGAUGGGGUCGCCGCAAGCGCGGACUGGUCGGCCUGACAGGUGUUUGCAUCCCUCUAGUCAUUGCGUGGGUCUGGGAGAUGAUCCGAACUCGAAACUACGAUCGCAACAAUCCACCCGCCAACCCUACAGAUUGGGACGAACCAAAAUUUGGAUGGAUUUUCUUUCUUUUCAUGCUUAACUGGACCUUCUCACAGCUUUGGCAUAACAUCGUCUACUACUGGAUCGGCGCCCUUACGAAUUCUCCCCAGAAGCUUACGCACUAUGUUGGUGUCUUUCGCGGCGUGCUUGGAGCGGGUGAAGCAAUUUGUUUCGGCCUCGAUAGCAUCAAGAUACCUUUCAUCGCUGAGGCAGGUGGCAUCUUAUUGUUUUAUGUGAUAGGGAUCGCAAGUUUCUACUACUUGGGGAUAUAUCAUAUACAAGACACAAACUACGAUCGAACCGAGGAGGGCGUGGUGAUACCCAACCAUAUUCUGGAGACGGAGGGAGUAACACCAGGUCAGGAAAUAGUUUCAAGAGACAGAGAAGAAAAAGAGGGGCAUGUCGCGGAGAGCGAGAAGGAUGAGUCGAGUGGCAGUGGGAAGGUCUGA